AUGGCAUCUCCAAUUCUACGUCUAUUUCUAGGCGUUACAGCAGCCAUAAUCUUCAUCGCCAUCUUCACACCCACAGAAUCAGUCACAUCAGUAACGCAAUCAUUCACAACACCACUGGCGCUACGCAAUCUUGAGGUUGUCAUCCAACAAGAGGAAAAGAAUCCAGUCCUCAUGCGUACAGCCGUUAAAAACAACAAUGACCACCCAGUCACCAUUCUUAACUACGGCUCACCACUGGAUGCUCUAGCUAUUCAAAUGGGCACGCUGUACAUCACCCCAAGAGGUGACAGCAAGCCUUUGGAGAUUCUGCAAAUUGAAUCCUCCAGAUUAUGGCCACCCUUGGAAGACGCCCUGGUUGAGAUUGGACCUGGACAAACAGCUAUCUGGGAAUCUACACUCCAAGAACCUGUUGUUCCUAUGGACAGAGUAUUUGAGGGAGCGACGGUUCAAUUAAAGGGGACUUGGACUGCUGUGUGGCCGCGAGAAAAGGAGGGUAUUGAUCCCAGCGAACUUGAAGAGGGAACGCCUAUCAAUGGUACUCUAACGGGUUCUUACAAGUCAAAUGUUCUUGAUAUCGAAGUCAAAUAG